CACAUUCAUUCCAAAGGCUCCUAGUCUUAUAGAAUUAAGUAAUUAAAAUGGCUAUGUCACCAAACAAGAGCUUACUCCUUGUUGCUUUUCUCUUGCUUUGCUUUAUCACAACCACAGCUAGAGCAAGAAAUUUGAGAGAGAUUAAAGAUGAAGUUAAGAAGGGUCAAGCUAAUUUGGAUGCAAUGUUUAAGCCAAACCAUGAAGGGGCACAAGAGAGUAAUGAUGAGUUGGAUACAAUGGACUACACUCCUGCAAAAAGGAAUCCACCAAUCCAUAAUUAAGUUUCCAAUUUUUUUUCUUCAUUAGAAAAGGCACCAAUUCACUGUGCUUAAUUACCUCAAGUUCUAUCUAGGGCCUUCAAUGUAUAGAUAUUAUUUGGAAUAUGAAGCUAGCUAGGAAACCCACACUUAAAUUAUUAUCAUGCUUCCAAUCUAGCUAGCUUCUGCCAAGUCAUAUAUUCAGACUCACGUGUAAAUAGUUUUUGAAGCUAUAAGAAUAUGAGGGAGCAUACUGAGAAGAGUUUUCAAAGUUUUAA